CGGUUCUGUUUUAAGGCCUCCAUUCAAGCAGGGGGCAGCAGCGGAACUCCCCCCCCCCCGAAAACAGGUGCCUGCCAGUGUUCCCAAGCAACACCACGAUGGCUGACGUCGACAAGCUCAACAUAGACAGCAUAAUUCAACGUCUCCUAGAAGUUAGAGGAGCUAAACCGGGUAAGAACGUUCAACUGCAGGAGAGCGAGAUUCGUGGAUUGUGCCUGAAAUCCAGGGAAAUCUUCCUGAGUCAACCCAUUCUUCUCGAGCUAGAGGCCCCUCUCAAGAUCUGCGGUGACAUCCAUGGCCAAUACUAUGAUUUGCUGAGGCUGUUUGAGUAUGGGGGCUUCCCCCCAGAAAGCAACUACCUGUUUUUGGGAGACUAUGUGGACAGGGGGAAGCAAUCCCUGGAAACGAUUUGUCUUCUGCUUGCCUACAAAAUCAAGUACCCUGAAAACUUCUUCCUGUUGAGGGGGAACCAUGAGUGUGCUUCAAUCAACAGAAUAUAUGGCUUUUAUGAUGAAUGUAAAAGGAGGUACAACAUCAAGCUCUGGAAAACUUUUACAGACUGUUUUAACUGCCUCCCAAUUGCUGCCAUUGUAGAUGAGAAGAUCUUUUGUUGUCAUGGAGGACUUUCUCCUGACCUGCAGUCCAUGGAGCAGAUUAGACGCAUCAUGCGGCCCACCGAUGUCCCUGACCAGGGCCUGCUCUGUGAUUUGCUGUGGUCUGAUCCAGACAAGGAUGUGUUGGGCUGGGGGGAAAAUGACCGGGGUGUAUCAUUUACCUUUGGCUCCGAGGUGGUGGCCAAGUUUCUGCAUAAGCAUGACCUAGAUCUGAUCUGUCGUGCCCAUCAGGUUGUUGAGGAUGGCUAUGAAUUUUUUGCAAAAAGGCAGCUUGUCACUCUGUUCUCGGCACCCAAUUAUUGUGGGGAGUUUGAUAAUGCUGGUGCAAUGAUGAGUGUGGAUGAGACUCUUAUGUGUUCUUUUCAGAUUUUGAAACCAGCUGAGAAGAAGAAGCCCAACGGGAGCCGCCCGGUCACUCCUCCUCGCAAUAUGGUGACCAAGCAAGCAAAGAAAUAAAGGGUGGGCUGGGCGUGGGGCUGUCAAUACUGUUCUUCUUUUGUCCUUUGCAUUUGAGGGAUUGGUUAACCCUAAUGUUGCCAGUACUGAAAAGAAUUCCACUCCCACCCAAUGAAAACGAAAUGUUUUGUUCACAGGGGUAAAUUGAUAUGUCACCAUGAAAACCUCAGGUGUUUUGCACUCCAUUUUGCAGCUACUCUUUGCCACAUAUGACUGUUCAGUCAUUAAAAACGUAACAAUAAUGCUACAUAUGCACAGGAAUGCCUUUAUAGCUGUGCACAAUUUUAGCAAUUUUAUUAUUCAUGUCAUGUUUUUUUUUUCCCUGUUCUUUUUCAGUAAUGGCUGUUACUGACUACAAAUAAUAGAGACAGUCACAAACACCACUUUACUGUUAAAAUAUUCAAAGUCUAUUUACAGUCAGUGUCUUGGAACAUUGACCUCUUCAUAUUUUUAUUCGUUUUCUGCUAAUUGAAAUUACUAAGCAAGCUCUUUUAACGUUUAAAUCUUUCUAAUAAACAUUGAGUGUACUUAAGGGGAUAUUGAGAUGAAUCUCAUUUUUGUUUAUUUAACACCUCAGCCUUUUUGUUUGAUCACUAUUGCAUCACAAUUGUAGAAUGCUUCAACACAAUACAAAAUGCAAUAUAACGGCACACAAGUGCCAUGUAUGUCAUCUGGAGCAGUCUUAAAAUAAAAUAUUCAUGUAAUACCCUCACAAAAAUAUAAAUCA